AUGAGCUCCAUCUUGACCGCGCGCCAGACGCUGGAGCUCCACAAGGCCAUAGUACAAUAUCUUGCGCCGGUCUUGGACGCUGACGCCGACACGCUCGGCUCGGUGUGCCGCGCCUUGGACGCCACGCCCACGGACGCGCCUGUGGCUCACUACCUCGAGAAAAAGUGGCUGACGGUGUUGCGGCUCCAAAAGCGCAUUCUCGACUUGGAGAACGAGGUGGCCAGCUACAAGCUGCUCAUCGAGACGGCCAACCUGGCGCCCAACGGCUCGCCUCUAGUCUCGCGAGACAAGAUCAAUUGGCUCCCUAGCGCCGUCAAGGCCACAUACCCGACGCAGAGCGCGCAGAUCGUCAACACCGUGGCCGUGCACCCACAAUUGCCCUUGUUGGCCGCCGGCUGCGCGGACGGCGCCAUGCUCGCGUGGGACUUGGCUGCCGACGACGUGCUGCUCCCGCUGCGGCUGUGGAAUGCCCACUCACGCAGCUUGCACUGCCUCCGCUGGUCCGACGUGCCCAUCGACCUCUCGGGCCCCGGCCGAGCGGCGCCUGCGCCAAGCCUGGCUCCUGCGGCAAGCGCUAAGUCCGCGUCCUACGUGCUUGCCUCGUGCUCGUCGGACCUCACGGUGAAGAUCUGGCUGGGCGACGCGUUCACACAUAUGCGCACGCUCACGGGCCACGAGCACACGGUCUCCAGCGUAGCUUUCUCGCCGUCUAGCCCGCUGUUUCUCUACUCGGUCUCGCGUGACAAGGCUGUCAAGGUGUGGGACUUGGCCUCGGGGCACUGCGUCUCUACUUUUGUCGGCCACAGCGACUGGGUGCGCGACCUCGACGUGGCCGCCGUCAACUCCCGCCUCCUGCUCGCCGCGGUGCACAAGUCUGCAGCAUUAGGCGACUUCAUCUUGACGUGCUCCAACGACCAGUCCGUCAGGCUCUCGCACCAGCUGGGCACUGGGCUCUCCAUGCUUUUGGGCCACACCCACGUCGUGGAGACCGUGCGGUUCUUGCCCAUGCUCGCCAACAAGCACAUCGACAAGUACCUCCUACUGAACAUGGACCGUUUCCCGUACCUUCUGGACAACAUCGUCGAGAACCCCGUCUACACGGAGUCUUUGGGCUUCAAAUACUGUGUUUCCGCGGGCAGGGACAACGUGCUCAAGCUAUGGCUUCUCCCGCCGCCUGUGCUCCUACCGCACCGCCUGCCGCUGCCCUCGGUGCAGAACAACUCGCAAGGCUGGCACAUACUCGAUCUUUUGGGACACCAGCUGUGGGUCAAGUCCGUGGAAACCCAUCCAAACGGCCGGUUCAUCAUCUCGGGAGCCGACGACAAGCUGGUCCGUGUUUGGGAUCUUGCUACUCUUGUAGAGCAGGGCCGAGUUGCAUGCGUCAAGACUCUCACGGCGCAUGAAGGCUUCGUCAAUGCCGUGCAUUUCGCCCGCUUCAAAAUGAGUGCCACGGGCGACACGCGCGAAGACCGCUUGAAGCUUAUUGAGAAGUCGAUGCGCUGUCUCUUUGUCAGUGCCGGCACAGACAACACGGUGCGUCUAUGGCAAUAG